UGGUAGAAGAAAUCAUGUUGACUCACGCUACUCCCUCCACUUCUUCAGCGUUUCCACUCACUAUUCCGAACCCCAAAAGCAAAAAAUAACUCUCUCUCUCUCUGCUGUGCCCAAAACCACUCACAGGGUGCCACCCCAUCUCUCAGGAUUUCUUCAAUAUUCCAUAGCUUCUACAACUUCAAUUCAAUAAUGGAACCUUGGAGUUAUGUUCCUGAUGAGAAAGGAUAUUUGUUUUCUGAUGAAAUGGAUUUUUCACUUGAUGCUUUUGUGAGAAGUAGAAAGGCAAUGACUGAAUGGGACAACAAAGCCUCUUGUAACUUCGAGAGAGGCGGUUUCAAUUCGGAAAGAGAGGUAGUUAGGAGCAUGGAAUUCGUAGACUUGGGGUUCCCGGAUUUGUUCCGAAAGCCCUUCGAGCUAGAUAGUAAUUUGAGUAGAAGAGGGAAUACCUCUGCUCAAGUUAUUGACUUGGAUUCUUCUCUUGGGGAAGAAGAAUCCGAGUCAAAGCAUUUGAGUUCUUUAGGUGAAUUGAAGGCUCAAGAUACGUCAUUGAUCGAUCUGAAGCUAGGGAGAAUAGCAGAUUGUCAAGCUGCAAGCAAUGAUAAAGUUGGAAAUGAAGGGUUCACUUUAAUACCAAUGCAACAACCAAGUCCGACCACACUGGCAAAGAGAGCUCGCACUUCAUGCUCGCCGAAUCAGACUCCUGUAUGUCAAGUUUAUGGUUGUAACAUGGAUCUUAGUUCCUCAAAAGAUUACCACAAAAGGCACAAGGUUUGUGAUGUUCAUUCCAAGACAGCUAAAGUUAUUGUUAACGGUAUUGAACAGAGAUUUUGUCAGCAAUGCAGCAGGUUCCAAUUGUUAGCUGAGUUUGAUGAUGGUAAGCGCAGCUGUCGCAGGCGUCUAGCAGGACACAAUGAACGGCGAAGGAAACCUCAGUUUGAUUAUAUGACUAGUAAACAGCAUAAGAUACUUCAUUCGCAUCAAGGUGCAAGAUAUAUGGAGUCUUCCUUACAAAAGAGGCCACAAUUUUCAUUUCCAGACAUAUUUCGAAGUGGCAAGUAUGAUAAAAUCUCUCAGAAUGGCAAUGUCAAAUUAGAAGAGGAGUUUAUUUUCAGCCCUCAAUUCGCAGCACCGGUCGCGCAUGGUCAGGAGUUAUCUAGCCGUGCUCUCUCUCUUCUGUCAGCUCAGUCACAGAUUCCAUCGCGCCCCUCAGAAGAAAAUCCUUUAGCCAGCUCCUUUAGUUUUCACAGCAUCUCUGAAAUGCCUUUGGAUAUAAGCAAUGAGGGUAAAUACGUUGUGGACGAGUCCUUUCCGUGCGAGAUGAACCAUAAAGAAUUUAUCAAGAGUGAAUCGGCAAUGCUUUCUGAUGCCGGCCACCCUGAUCAUCGAGCCAGUAGUGAUGACAUUUGUUCGCCCUUGGAACAUGGAUCCACUGUGGACUUAUUCCAGUUAUCAUCCAAUCUUGAAAGGGUAGAGCAGAAGAGAAAUUCUGUUUUGGUAAAGUGGGAAAAUGAGAACUCUUGUUUCCCAGCAUUGUAAAAGGCUUCUUUUAACCCUCAAGUGUUAUUAACAUAAUCCAAUUUAUUGAGUGUUUUCAUGGCCCUUUUUUCUCA